AUGCUGACUGCAGCAUCGACGGCGAUGAUAGUGACCAUGGCGGUGUUCAUGGUCAUCUCAGGUCUGUCGGUUGUGCUCCGACUUUAUUUACGGAGACGGAAGAGAAUCACAUUGAAGGCGGACGACUACUUUGUUAUCGCGGCCUGGUUCUUCUCUGCAGCCCUGGCUAUCACCAACAUCGUCGGAGUGCCUGUUGGUGGGUUUGGCGUGCCCUUUGAACAAUUUGAUGAUGCGCAGGCCGAGAGAUUUCUAAAGAUGCUUUUUAUACUACAAUUCUGGUAUAUCAUUGCCGUCGCCCUUGCGAAAUUAUCCAUCCUCUUCCUUUACGGUCGCGUGUUCGGUAUCGGCCGGUUUCCGAUCUCGGUCCUGACUCUCAUCGGUAUCACGACUUCCUGGCUUAUAUCUUUCCUCUUUGCGACCUUUUUCCAGGUGUGGCCUUUGAGAUGCAAUUGGGUAGCAUGUAUUCCGACCACCGACUACGCUGUCAUGUAUGUGCUGUCGAGCGUGACGGAUAUUGUUAUCGAUAUUUGCAUCCUGGGUUUGCCGGCAUUCUUCAUCCGGAAGCUUCACCUGAACGGAAACCAGAAAAUCGGGUUGAUCGGAAUAUUCGGCUUGGGGGUUUUCUGUGUCGUCUCCUCUAUCGCACGACUAGCAUAUACCAUACUAUUCCACAAGGUCAACGUCAAAGGAAACUAUGCCAUUAAUUUCUCUAUGAACAUCAUUAUGUGGUCUGGGAUCGAAGUUUGCGCCUCAACCCUGUGUGCAAGCCUCCCCUGCUUCGGACCAUUAAUUAGUCAUUUCCAUCGUAUCACGCCCCUCACUGCAACUAUCACCUCUUUCAUGUCCAUCGGAACAAACGAGCCCACGAGAACUGCAUCGAAAGGAGCAUCUAUGCACAGUCCUUAUGCUUCUAGAGAGAACAUUCUAGGGUUCGAAACUCGCACCGAUAAUGUCAUAAAGGGUGCAUCUUCUCAGGAUACUUCGAAAGGAUCUGAAAUCAAUAUAGAGCUAGGCAGUAUAAGGGUUGACAAUUCUUUUAAUAUAAACUCGUCAUGA